AUGCUCAAGCUCUUCCCCAUCACCUACACCCGUCCCCCCUAUGUCCACCCCCUCCCGAUCCAAGACGCUCCUUCGAGCCAGGAGUCUCUCCCGAGCCAAGCCGCCCGCCCGAGCAAUGACUCGCUCCCGGAGGACGCCAAGCGCGAGCUGUCCAUCCGCUCGGGCCAGUCCGGCUGCUCGGCCGGCAUCCCGGACUCCCUGGCCUUUGACAAGAUCAUGAACGGCGGAACGUGUCCUCCCAUGACUGUGCGCGACUUCAUGAACUACCUCGUCUACAUCGAGCACGCGGCCGAGAACCUGCAGUUCUGGCUGUGGUACAAGGAUUAUUGCAAGCGCUUCGACACGGCCGCAACCGCCGACACGGGCCUCGCCCCCGUCUGGACCCAGGCCAUGCAGGACGACGUCGUUGCCCGCAUCCGCAAGGAGUACGCCGAGAAGCGCAAGCCCGAGCCGCAGGCGUCCAAGAUCUUCAAGGGCACCGACUUUGAGAAGCAGACGGCCGGGGCCGACGGCUCCAACCCCUUUAGCACGCCUCCGCGCACUCCGCACAAGAACUCUGAAGACCAGGGCUCCGUCUGCACGGGGCCGAGCAACAUGCCUUCGAGCGGCCAGGUCACCCACAAGUCCCAGGCCGCCGAUGCCUUUGCCGCUGCGGGCGCCAAGCAGCCUUUCACCAUCCAGCCUUUCCGCGACGAAAUCAACCGCGUCAUCGCAACGUACAUCAUGGAUGGGGCGCCCCGGCAGCUCAACCUGGCGUCGUGGCAGCAAAAGGCGGCCGUCCACGCUCUCUCACGCACGACGCACCCGACGGCUCUCCGGUCGCUGUUCCAGAUGGUCGACUCUUCGCUGCGCCAGCAGGCCCACCCCAACUUUGUGCGCUGGUCCAUCUGCAACGGCAACCCGGCACGCGUCUUCUUCGCCCGCGCGCUGGGCGUGGGCCUCAUCGUCGGCGGCCUCAUCAUGGCCAUGGUGAUGACGCUGAGCCGCCUCGGCCGGGGCUACCGCGCGCUGUCGGCCAUUGCCUUUGUGCUAGGCAUCAGCACGCUCGUCGCCGCCUACAAGGGCAUGUGCGUGGUGCUGCACGGCAUGCACCACCGGCACGUGCGGCCGUGGGAGCUCUUUGUGCAGGACGACGGCGAGGACAUGGGCAAGCACAGCUUCGAGUCGUUUGGGUCCGAGAACAGCUACGAGGACGAGCCGUGGGUGGUGCGGUACGAGAAGCGCAACGUCGUCCGCAAGGUCUUUGACCGCGAAGUCUGGAUCCAGGAGCCCGCGCUGCGCCAGAUCCAGGACACCAUCUUUGUGCAGGCCCUGCUGGCGUCGGUGCUGCUCGGCGGCGCGGUGACGGCCGUCUUUGUCGCCCUGCCCGGCGGCAACUUUUUCUGA